AUGGCCAAAGGCCGCGGUUUGCUGCAGAACGCCGUCAAGGCUAAGCAGAAGUCGGGCAACACCACUGCUACCAACAAAACCAGCAAUGGCCCUCAGCAGCAAAACCAAAAACCGACCAUCCCCUUCUCCCCCUCCGACUCCAUCCUCCUCAUCGGCGAAGGCGACCUCUCGUUUGCCGCCUCCCUCAUAACCCACCACCGCUGCACCAACGUCACCGCCACCGUCCUCGAAAAAGACCUCGCCGAGCUCUCAGCCAAAUACCCGCACGUCCCAGCGAACAUCUCCGUAAUCGAAGACCCCUCUCAACCCAACAACCGCCUCCUCUACGGCAUCGACGCGCGCAAACUCCCCGCCUUCACCACCAAGCCCCCCUCCAAGCCCAAACCCAACCCCAACCCCAACCCCAACCUCCACACCUGCACCACCACCACCGCCACCCCAACCCCAACCGGCACCAUCAAGCGCAUCAUCUUCAACUUCCCGCACACCGGCGGCAAAUCCACCGACGUCAACCGGCAGGUCCGCCACAACCAAGAGCUGCUGGUCGACUUCUUCCGGCGCGCGCAGCCGUCGCUCGCGCCCGGCGGCACCAUCGUCGUCACCCUGUUCGAGGGCGAGCCCUACACCCUGUGGAACGUGCGCGACCUCGCCCGCCACGCGGGCCUGCAGGUGGAGCGCAGUUUCCGGUUCGUCGCGUCCGUGUAUCCCGGCUAUGAGCACGCGCGCACGUUGGGGGUCGUCAGGAAUCGGAGGGGCGGGGUGGCGGUCGGCGCGUGGAGGGGCGAGGAGAGAGCGGCGAGGAGUUUUGUGUUUGUGAGGAAGGGGGAGGGCGAGGGGGAUGGGCUUGGUGGUGGGGGGAAGGGGAAGAGGAAGAGGGAGGAGGAGAGUAGUGAUGAGGAGGAGGAAAGUGAGGAAGAGGGGGGUGGCGGGGAUGGUGAUUGGGGGGAUGGAUCUGAAGAGAUGGAGGGAGAGGAUGAAGAGGAGAAAGAUGAUGAUGAUGAUGAUGAUGAUGAUGAAGAGGAGGAAGGGGACAACAGGAGCGAGAGCGGGCCUGAAAAUGAGCCCGGGGAUGCGAACCCUUCGAGAAACGGGGAUUGA